AUGUCUGGCAAGGAUGGGCGGCAACGCACGUUCACGACACAGUGCCCGACGUACGACUUUGACAUCUGCGUCAAACGCUCCGCCUUGCCCCCCUCCUCGCCCACCUCACUCUCAAUCCCCCUGGGCGAGUCCGCCACCGCCCUCCAAAACGAAGCGCUCGCCCUCGCCUACCUCAAAGAGCACACCUCCAUCCCCGUCCCAAACAUCAUCGCCUCCUUCCAAGACCGCGGCGCCACCUAUCUCUUAUUCGAGAGACUCGAAGGCGUCAUCCCAGCCUCCGCCGCCCCUCCCGAUAUGCACCGCCCCAUCCUCUUCCAGCUUGAGCGGUACAUGGACGAACUGCAUUCACACGCUUCCAAGACUUGUAAGAGUUUCGUCGAGAUGCCCCUCUUCUCCCCUAGGCUCGGACACUGCCUCCGAACCCUCUCGCGCGCAGAAUAUGCGCCCGCCGACAAAGAACCGUACAUCCUAUGCCACGGCAACCUCUCCUGGGAAGACGUGCUCGUAGACUGUGAGACCUUUGACAUCCGGUGCAUCCAAAAUUGGUCUUUUGCGGGUUUCUAUCCCGCUCAAGUUGAGGGGCAGUACUGGCGUCGGCCUGGAUCGCCCCAUGCCCUCCCAGGGUCAGGGGAGGGGGGAGUACGGGGCGAGGAGGAUGACGUGGAUCGCGUGGUGGAUGUGCUUUACAGAAGCUCGGUGGAUGGGUGGAAAGCGCAUAUCCGGUCGGCCAGGUUGGCGGCGGGGUUUGAGGCUAUAAAGUCUGAGACGUCGCUCGUUCUAGACCCCGAGCCGGAAUCACAGGCGAAUGGCAAGGAUAAGGGAGUAGAGGAGUCUCUCCCCCAAAAAACCCGCCUUCAGAAAAACCUCUCGGCUCUCCAAUUCCCCACCCACAACCCCUCCCCAACAACACCCCUCACAUCCCCCCUCCUCCUCCUCCACACUGCGUUUACCACCCGUCAAGGGUUGGUCCGUGAUUUGGAAGAGCUAAGGGUGGAUUUGGAGGAAGAUGCCAUUGCUUGGGCGGGGUUGGUCAAGGGGUUGACUGGGAAGGUGAAGGUUGGGGACGAUGGGGAUAGGGAAGCUGAUGGAUAUGAUAACCUUCAAACCCUCGCCUCCCUCCUCCCACCCCUCCUCCAAUCCCUCUCAACCCACCUCCAAUCCUCCUCCUCCUCCCUCCUCCCUCUCAUCCCCCUCCUCUCCCCUCCAUCUCCUUCUUCCCCCCCAAAACCAAAACUCAUAUCCGUGACGACAGAAGAACAAGCAGGCGAAGGGUAUUAUGCCAAGCUGUUUUUGGAAAAGAUGAAUUUGAAGAUGGGGAAGAAGGCGGGGCAUGUUUGGGAUGGGGGAGGGGGGGAGGGGGAGGUUUGGAGGAGGGUUAGGAAGGGGGAGGGGGAGAAGUGGGUUGGUAUGAAAGAGUUUUCGGAAAAGGUAUUUUUGAUAUCGCAUACGGCUUUGCAAAACUUGCCUCUUCUCCCAUACCGUCCUCCUUCUCCUCUACCUCACCUACCCACCGCUCCAUUACCCACAAUCGCGCCCACUGCUACAUCCCCCCGCCAAAUCCGCUUUUCCCCACUCCCCUUCUCCCACCCCAACUCUCCUCCUCCCUCUUCCUCUCCCUCUCCCUUCCCGACCUCUUCCUCUCCUCCCCACCCGCCCUUCUCCCCCGCACCAACCAUCACCACAGCCCUCAAAGACCUCGCCCUCCAAGCCCGCCUCAUCACCGCCAAACGCCGCGCCGACAACCUCGCUGCCGGCGGCCGGGGGUAUUGGGACUUGAAGGUCGGCGACGAGUUGGAGGGGAUGCAUGUUUUGGGGGGUGUGCGAAGGCCGCUGGGGGAGGGGGAUUAUGUUGAUUUCACUUCGCCUUCUCCUCCUCAAGCUCUUCAAGCUGGGGGUGGAGCGGGGGAAGGGGAAGGGGAAGGGGAAGAGGUGAGGGUGGUAGGAGGUAUAAGAGUCCGAGGGCGUGUACCCGAACCAGAAAACGAAGACGCCUUCCAACCCCCGCACAUCUUCCCUAGUGGCGGGAUGCAGGAGAAGGAGAGAGGGCAUAAACGGUCAGCGUCUCUCUUUUCUAGAGUGUUGAGUUUGAGAGGGGGGAGAGAGGGGGUGAGGGAGAGGACGGUGUCGAUGCAGGGGCAGGGGAAUGGGAAGGGGAAGACGAGCGCCGAGAAGGCUGGUGGAGAGGGGGCGGGGGAGGUUAUGGAGUUGAAGAGGUUGAGGAAGAGGAGCAUGUAA